AUGGCCAACGGAAACACAGAAAACAUAUUUCGACAACUGUUUCAGAACUGGAACGCAAGAACUACAUAUUCUACAAACUCAUCUAGCCGCGGCAAUAGUGGUAGAGCACAGCCGAUUCUUACCGAGUGGUCUGAUUAUAUAAAGCUGGGUACGAACGACUUGUACAGCAGGCUUCCAACAUCGGUGCAGGAUGCGGUAUCAAGCAAUAGCGCUUCUGCGCCAGCACAAGAACCAUCAUGGUUCCAGCUAUCGCGACUAGAACGUUUGAUUGGGUUUGGGUGCUGUUUGGGUGCAUCAAUGCUUUGCUUUGUUUUAUGCUUCUUUAUGUUCCCAGUAUUGGCUUUGCGGCCACGUAAGUUUGGUCUUUUAUGGUCUGGCGGAUCAUUGUUGUUUGUUGUUUCCUUUGGUGUGUUGCAAGGACCUUAUAGCUACAUUGGCCAUCUCUUGCUGCGGGAAAGAAUCGUAUUCACAGUUGUGUUUUUUUCAUCUAUAUUGUUGACUAUUUACUCAAGUGUGGUGCUAAAGAGCAGUAUCUUGACAAUAUUCACAAGUAUUAUUGAGAUUUUGGCUGUGUUGUACUACACAGUGAGCUAUUUCCCAUUUGGAGCUUCAACAUUAACUUUCUUUACAAGUUAUAUAAUGGGCUACGUUGGUGGACUCAUUGGCGGGUUUUUGUAA